AAGACUUCCCUCAACCCACCUUAACCUUAUAAUAAACCAGUCACUGCCUGUGCUCAAUGGCCGACCACCGUUUUGAGACCUCCUUCGGUUGACUGACGCCUUCCGAGGGGUCCCUUUCCCCGCUCCUUGCGCCGGUGGACCGGACAACCCGGAGACAGACGAAGAAAACCAGAGGGGAAGGGAAGGGAAAGGGCUGAAUCAUCAGCCUUUGUGACGACUUUGGAACGAAUCAGAGAAGAACACGUGGAAGUCAACACUCACAUUGCGUUUAUAGCUGCUGCCUAGAUCUCAGCGGCAGCAACGCAGAAGGAGAACGAGACUCCGAGUCCCUCUCCCUCGCUCUGUUGCCGGAAUCUGAAACCGUCCGGAAGUACUGGGUAUGGACCAAAUGGUGAAGGUAGGGAGGGGGAGGAAGCAUCAUCUGCUCCUCUCGCUUCUCCUCAUUUCCCUCCUUGUCUGCUCCUUCUUCGCCAUCCCUUCCACUGCCUCCAAGGGUGCUUCUGGGAAGACCGAGGAUCCGGAAGACGAAGACCUCUCUUUCCUGGAGGAGGGGGAGGAUGACGGCCACGGGGCCGGCCAUGACCAAGUCGAUGGCUUCUCUGAGGAGGAGUUCGAGGGAGACUUUGAGGGUCUCGACGACGGGGGUGAGGAUCAUGAGCCCGCUGAACCCCCGUUCGACGAGAAGGACGUGGUGGUUCUAAACGAGGGCAACUUUAGCCGGUUCAUCGAGGAGAACCGGUAUGUGAUGGUGGAAUUCUACGCACCGUGGUGCGGUCACUGCCAGGCUCUGGCCCCUGAAUUCGCGGCUGCCGCCACGGAGCUCAAAGGGGUCGCCGCACUAGCCAAGGUGGACGCCACCGUGGAGAACGAUCUCGCCCAGAAGUACGACGUCCAAGGCUACCCCACCGUGUUCUUCUUCGUCGACGGGAUCCACAGGCAAUACCCUGGGGCCAGGAACAAGGAUGCAAUUGUUUCGUGGAUAAAGAAGAAAACAGGACCUGCAGUUCAAAACAUUACCACUGUUGAAGAUGCGGAAAAUGUGCUUACUGCUGAAAGUGUUUUGGUUCUGGCAUUCCUCAAUUCUUUGGUGGGACCUGAGAAUGCAGAGCUUUCUGCAGCUUCAAGACUAGAAGAUGGGGUAUCUUUCUAUCAGACUGUGAAUGAAGACGUUGCUAAGCUUUUUCACAUUGAUCCCAAGGCUAAACGGCCUUCAUUGGUGUUAUUGAAGAAGGAAGCUGAAAAAAUAAAUCACUUUGAUGGUGAGUUUAGCAAGUCUGCCAUAGUUGACUUUGUGUUCUCGAACAAGCUUCCUCUAGUCACAACCUUUACUAGGGAAUCUGCAUCUUCAAUUUUCGAUAAUCCAAUAAAGAAACAGGUUUUGAUCUUUGUUCGCUCAAAUGAUUACGAAGCCACCAUACCAAUCUUUCAAGAGGCUGCAAAGCUUUUCAAAGGAAAGCUUCUAUUUGUUCAUGUUGAUAUGGACAAUGAGGAUGUUGGAAAACCAGUUUCAGAAUACUUUGGUGUGUCUGGAGAUGGUCCAAUAGUUCUUGGAUACUCGGGAAAUGAUGAUUCCAAGAAAUACAAGCUUGAUGGUGAAGUGAACCUUGAUGCUCUCAAGGCAUUUGCUCAGGGUUUUUUAGAAGAUAAACUUAAGCAAUUCUACAAGUCGGAUCCAGUUCCUGAGAAGAAUGACGGAGACGUGAAAAUUGUCGUCAGUAACAAUUUUGACGAAGUGGUGCUGGACGAAUCCAAGGAUGUUCUUCUGGAGAUCUAUGCACCAUGGUGUGGUCACUGUCAAGCGCUUGAGCCAACUUACAACAAACUAGCAAAACAUCUGCGUGGUAUUGAUUCUCUUGUUAUAGCAAAAAUGGAUGGCACCACUAACGAACAUCCCAGGGCAAAGUCGGACGGAUUCCCCACACUUCUUUUCUUCCCUGCAGGCAAUAAGAGCUUUGAUCCUAUUGUUGUGGAGACAGAUCGGACAGUGGUGGCAUUCUAUAAGUUUCUCAAGAAGCAUGCAUCAAUCCCUUUUAAACUGCAAAAGCCUGUAAAAAAGGUGGAAUCAGAUGUGACCGAAACUGCUGCACCAACAGAAGGGGACGGUGGCAAGGAUGUGAAGGAUGAACUAUAACGUGUUUUAGAUUUGCUUGGAAUUAUUUUUCUUGGUACCGUUACGAAUCGGAAGGUUAGUUUUUACAAAUGGAGCGGAGAACUAAGGGCAAAACAAAAAGAGGAAAAAAGAAGAAGAAGAAAGUUUGCAUGCUAAAAUUGCACCCUUGAAAGUUUUGUGGCUACCUGAAACUUUAUUUGUUCUAUGCACAUUUAAGCCACGAGGCUUUAGAAUAAACUUGGGCGAUCUCUCUCUCUCUCUUUGUA